AUGGCACCCGCGCCUCCAAAAUGUGAAAAGGCCGUCACCAGGUACGACGACAAAAUCCCCCCAAAGCCCGCCGUCAAGUACGAACCCCCCUCCACCCCCAACCUCAAACCCAAAGGCAAGGCCGCUCGCAAAUCUAAGACCACGGAAGGUUAUCGAAGAGUUUUUCCGCUAUCAUCGGUACCAGUUGAGCCCGUCGACCGGAAGUCGGACCCUCCAGCCGAUAAUGACGGUCGCGUCCAGGUCGCCUCUGAAGAACUCAACAAUGUUGUAGACACAUCGAAGUGGUUCAGGGAAACGGUCGAGAUCCCACCUCAGGCGCAAGCUCUAUUAGAGCAGUACUCCGGUCUUGUACCUGACCAAGUGAUCCCGCACGUUACCGACCUGACCCAUCUUGCCGGCGCUCUGAAGGGAGGAGAGCGACGUGGCCUAUCCAGUGAUACGGCCUUCUUUCUACACGGCCUUGAAAGUUUCGACAAGUUCUGGCAAGACGUUGGAGCUGCCUCUGGGAGCAGAUUGAGGGUAAAUGCGAGAGCUGAGAAGGCAACGGAAGCGACAUUGAGCCCUGCCUUGGAGUACGCCUGA